AUGUGCAGAACAUGGAUUUUUGCUUCUAAUAAUUCAUUCUUCCUAGUAAUACUAGUAUGUAUAAAAUGGCUUGAAGAAGAUAUUGAGGAAGAUGUUGAAGAAGAUGAAAAAAACAGUAAAAAAAAAGAUGGUGUUGAAGAAAAUAGUAUUGAAAAAGAUGGUAUCGAAGAAGAUGGUGUUAAGAAAGAUGGUGUUGAAGACAGUGAAAAAGAGAACAGUGUUGAAGAAGAUGAUGUUAAAGAUAGCGAAAAAGAAGACGAUGUUGAAAAAGAUAGUGUUGAAAAAGAUGGUAUAGAAGGAUAA